AUGGUGGUGCUGAUGCUGCUCCGAGAACGCGCUCUCCUUUUCUACACUUUAAUUUGUUUUAUUUACAUGACCGUCGUGGGACGCACUGACGUGGUUCCUGUGCGCCGUGUGGGUACAUUUAAUAAGCAGGACAUGUGUGAGAAGUGUGGAGACCCAGGAAAACUGGAUCUGGAAAAGUUUUACUUCACUGCGUCUGAGUGCAGGGCCAAAAAUAAAUGCGUGAAUGUCAUCCUUGGUCAUCGCAGCAGCCGCGUGGACACCUCCAUCACACCCAGCAGCAGCUGUGACCUCCUGAAGAACGGCCUGUCCUCUCCUCUUCCCACAGUGACAGAGGCGGGGGUGGGAUGUGGAAUGGGGUGUGUGGGGGUGGUGGGGGGAGUGUUGGAGGCAGAAUUCGGGGCAUUGGGAGGACACCCAGCCCGCGCGGUGUAA